AUGUGCACGUUAGAGAGAAAAGGCAACAUCUUCAUCCUGACGCUAACAGGCCCGGGCGAGCACAGGCUCAACCCCACUCUCAUCGACUCAAUCCAAUCCGCACUAACCCAAGUCCGGGCCGCCGUGACCUCCACCUCCGCAUCGUCGUCACCGGCAGCCUUAAUCACCACCGCACAUGGCAAGUUCUUCUCCAACGGCUACGAUCUCUCCUGGGCCCAGUCAUCCCAAUCCCGGACCUACCUCAUGGACGCCAAGCUCCGGUCCCUCGUCUCCGACUUCAUCUCGCUCCCCGUGCCCACCAUCGCCGCCGUAUCAGGCCACGCCUCCGCCGCCGGUUUCAUCCUCGCUCUCAGCCACGACCACCUCCUCAUGAGGCGAGACCGCGGCUUCAUCUACAUGAGCGAGCUCGACAUCGAGCUCAUUUUGCCGGCUUGGUUCUUGGCUCUGAUCGAGAGCAAGGUCGGCUCGCCGAGGGCUCGGCGCGACCUGUUGCUCAGAGCCGAUAAGGUGACGGCUGACGUGGCAGUGAAGAAGGGGAUUAUCGACUCGGCGCACGAUAGCGCGGAGGAGACGAUUGAGGCCGCGGUGAGAUUGGGGGAGGAGUUGGUUGAGCGGAAGUGGAAUGGACACGUGUACGCUCAGAUUCGCAUGGACUUGUUGUCUGAGGUUUUAGAUGAGAUCCGAGGGGAUAACGGUACUGGCUUGAGAUCGAAACUGUAG